UCAUAUAGUGCGUACAGGAAUACUCUAAAUUGAUGAUAACUAUUAUGUUUUUACAGGAGGAAUUUUCAAGGUGUUUACCGUAGCAUCAAUGUUACAUCGCUUUUGACUCAUUAAACAAAAUAAGUUGUGUGAAUUUGCUGAAGCAAUGAUGAUAAUUUCAUCGGACAACACAAGAAAAUAGAAACUUACACACGCUUAUAGAAUAAAUAUCUAAAGAACAUUUUCGUUUAGCCCGUUUAUCUUUAAACGUCACAAUGAGCUACGAAAUACCUUGCGACAUACAAAUGCCUUACCUACGGGCGAUUCAAAAGAUACCGGGCAAUAUCCGCAGUGAAAAAUUGAAUUGGAUUGGAAGAUUGAUUCACCAGACCAGCAAUGUUGAACAACUCCCGCCAGAAUUAUUGCCUAUACUGCGUGUUGAAACUGCCAUCAAGAAGAAGAGACACGAGGAUAUAACAUGGGCGCUCAAGUGUGAGGAUUCAACGAUAAUAAAUCGGAUUCUUAAGGCCUCCUGGGUUUUCGAUGGUAGCCACAAGGAGACUAUCAACGUCUCGUAUUUUUGUGAUCGUAUCUUGCCUUACGUUUCUGUAGAUACAAGGACGCGUAUUGUGCUCGCACUUGCACAUCGAUUAUCCGGUAAAGAUCCGGUUUUCGCGCAACAAAUGUUCAUAGCAGUGUUAUCUAUUUACAACAUUCAAACUGCUUACCCAUUGAUUAUAGCUUGCGACGAGACUUUUGCUUAUGAAACAAUUGUAGAGAAGGAACUCAUAUUGCCCAUAACAAUUACUAAGAAAAUCUUCCGCAAAAAUCCGGAUUUAAUAGUGCGUUUUCUCAAAUUAUUAAAGCCGCGUGAAUUAAACGCGACCGAACGCUCUCCUUUCGCGAUCGGUAUUCAUAAAUAUGAGUCUUUCCUGCCUAAAUUAAUAAAGAAGCGACUGCAAGAUUUCAUAGAACUAUGCGAGAUACACAAAGCUGAACCGCCGAAUAUUGUUUUAAGUAAUAAGUGUACCGAAAUAUUUCUAAAGAAAGCUCAGGAGCAUCUGAUAAAAAAUCCGCUUUUAUACAUCCAUAUGUUACCACCUAAAAAGAUCAAUAAUUUAAUGGAGAGUAUAUUUCCGGGUCUAUUGCCCACAGAAAUUUCUUCCUUUGGCACAGAUAGCAUGCUCAAUUAUUUGGAACAUUAUCCACAUGAUAAAAAAUACGAUUUACUCCGUAAAUCAUACAAAAAUAAAUACCAUGCUAAUCUUCUGGAUGAGAUGGUAAACGUGACGCCUGCCUUAUUACAAUUAUUACCUACUGAAGAACGGAUCAAGCAGGCUAAACUUAAAAUCGAGAAACAGACCUUAUUGUUAGAAGAGACUAAUAAUGAUUAUACGACAGAUUAUAAAACAGCUUGGAUUUGUUAUUUACCUAUUAACGAAGUCAUACCAGUUAUCAAGGAAAAAAUCAAUAAAACUCCAAAUGAGACAGAUAGGCUUAGUCUCAUCAUACAAAUGAUUUACUCUUGUAAGAUAAAUGGGGAUGACAAUGCGUUAUCCGAUACAUUGACAUAUUUCUUAAAGAGACAUAAAAAUGAAAAUUCUUGGCUAUUCGAACAAAUGUUUCAUAAACUCUUGCAAAUAUAUGAUGUACCUCAUUUAAACAAAAAGCAGAUCUCUCUUGUACUGGACAUUGUCCGAUUGUUUUAUAUAAAAAAUGGAUAUGCAUCUGAAGAAAUACUCACACCUAUAAUACAUUGCCAACUUAUACAUGGUAUGCCAAUUGAGGAGUUGAUUAACAUGUUUCUAGGAAAUCAAUGGUAUCUAAAUUUCAACAUACUUCAAGAAUAUCCACAAUAUGAGAGACAAUGCCUCGUAACUUUUGCAAAUGCCAUUCAAAAAAAGUCUUUCAAUAAUUUCAAUGAGAAAAAUAGCAACUUUUGUCGCUUUGUUACCGCAAUAUUUGAUUUCAACAAUAGAUGUAAAAAAUCACACGUCAAGAUAGAAAAAAUGACAAUUAAAGAUUAUCCUUGGGUAAUGGAUACUAUUCUCGAAGUAAUACGUUCCAAGGAAGAUUCAUGGUAUGUGGAAGAAGAAUUGCAAAAGAAUGAACCAGAACUGUACCGCAGUUGGCUCCCAGAGAAUAUUGUUAAUGUAACAUCAGGGAUGGCGCUCACUUUACUGAAUCACGACUUACAAUAUAUACUGAACAAUUGGGAAAAAUACUUAGCAGACUGCAUGAAGAACUGUCGUCUUAAAAGUGUACAACACUUUGUCAAGGCCACGCGUUGGUAUAAAGACUUACCCAUUAAAUUUGCUGAUUGUUGUAUGAAUAAUAUAUAUGAUAAAAAUAUAGAUAAAAUAUCGCCUAGCGUAGUUAUCCUGACCAUUCUACUUCAUGGAGAUACGGUAGAAAAACUAAUCAAUCCUCUCAUACCCACGGAAACAACGAUAAAUACUAGUCAUCCAAAUGCUAAGGAUGACUAUAAGAUCUUACAAAAUUUACCGUUAAGCAUGAGACUUGCCAAUCCGCCAGUACCUCUUGAUCUUGUAGUUAGAUUAUGCGAAGGAGAUUAUUUAUCCAUAGCUCUGGCAACACUUACGAACGUAAGUAAACGGACUUCUUUACCGAAAGUGAUAGCAAUCGUGCAAAAGUUAAUGACUAUGCGUGUGAGCACGCGAAAACAUGGGAUUAGACUAAUGUGUUUAGUCGCUUCCAUGCGUGAACUUACAAAUUUUCUCCAGAAAACCUGGGCGACUGAGAGCCAUCAUUCAGUACGUCAAGUUUCGCUCAAAGCAUUCCAGAAUUUAUUCCUUACAAAGCCAAAUCCUGAAACUUGGUCUCUAUAUUGUCAAGCUAUGUCGACAUUGAAUCUGAAGGACGAAAAUUUACUUUCAGACAGCUCGAUGUUUUUCAAAAUUCCCAAUGAAUAUGUUGUAAAAUUUUUUGAUUUACGACUCAAGACAAUAGACAAUCUGCGAGGAAUGGGAUUGGACAUCCAGAAGACAAAUAACUAUAUUGCUGAUUGCUUAGGAAUGCUCACUGAAUCCAUUUUCAACCUGCUACCUGAAGAAUUUGCUGAGAACAUCCUUCGAAAAUUUUUAUUUCACAUUGAUACAAGAGUAUCCGAAACAGCGAGACACUUUACAAUAUCAUACAUUUUAUCAGUGGAUAAGGAUAAAUACACAGCAUGCAUCAAAGUAUUUGCUGAUGUUUUUCACAAUACAGUGAUAACUUUCUGGAACGUCCCGCACCCUAAAAAAUUACACUUCCAUCCAUUAAAUAAGGCCGUGCGUUUAUUCGUAGAUGACUUUGUUGUUAGCUAUGUCAAUAAAUUUUGCUUGAAUGAUUCGACUAACCUAGAGGUCAUCGACAACAUGCAAUCGAUAUUUUUAUCGGUCUUAUCGCCUAGACAGGACGCGAGAUCAUAUUUGCUGUUGAUGUACGCAAAGAAGUUGCAAGAAUGUACGUUAACCAAGUCCUCCUUUGGCCUGAAACUUGGUCAACAGUUGCACGAAUUAACCGACAUCUUUUCAUCGCUAUUAAUUUCGUUUAUGACCGACGUUCUCAAAUAUUUCCUAAGUCGUGUAUAUAAACAUCCUGACUUGGAAAAAUUCCAAUUUAGUAUUAUAGAAGACCUUAUUGAAACUGGUAAUUCGGAUGCCUGUUUUAUGGCUGUAUUAAUGUUACCAUCGACAAUUCAGACGAAACAUGUAGCAAGAUAUGAUCAAAUCAUCGAAAAAUUCCGAAGAAUAGAGGAACCUUUUAUCACCGUUUUAUACGAUCAUUUAAAUGAAACAAACUUACAAAUUAUUGAUUAAAUAAAUCUUCGAUUAGUUUAACAAUUCAUUCAACAAACGUUGUAUUUACAUAGCAAUAUUUUAUUACGAUAUUAAUACUUUAUUAUAUGUAUAUUUAAUAAUCGAUUUGUAAACGUACUUUAUGUUAAAUUACGUGUUUUCGGUGCAUUUUUAAAUAUAAUAGAAUAAUUUUUGAAUUAUCAUUGAAAAAUUAUUUUCUAUUAUUUGCAUGAGGUAUACUAAGACAAAUAGAAAAGUUCACUACCAUUUUGCACUUGGAGGUAUAAUUAUCGAGAUAUUGAUG